UUUAAUUAUGGAACUAAAUUAGAAGCAACGAAAGAGAUCGUCGGCGUCGCGAUUCAUUCAUCGAUCGAGAAGAUGAAGGCGAAGAGCUUCGCGUUGUUUGCUCGCCGCGGUCCCUUCCCGUUCAGCUCCACAUCCCAUCCCCGUCCCACUAUUAUGUAUUCCACCGAGCACGAAGAUGAUUCACCGGGGGUCGUAGAGAAGGCGAGAUCGACGGCCGAGGAGUUCUUACGACAAGCCAAAGAGAAAUCAGAUUCUGUCGGGGAGAAGGCGAAGGACGCCAAGGAAGGAGUUGUGAAAGGAACUCAGGAACAGAAGGAGAAGUUGACGAGCAAAAUGGACAGCUACGAUAAGUUUGGCAAGGAUUAGGAAUGGUUUGAGAUCAUGUAUUCGUGUACUGAGUAGUGGUAUGGUUUGUGCUAGUUAGAGUUCAGACCUUUCACUUUUGGGGUAGUCUAGUUAGUAAUAAGUUGAAGAAGUGCUAAAUGGUAAGUUGAUUGUGGUUGGACAUUAGGCGUUACUGGAGGGGUUCAAAGUACUACCCUAGAAUUAACGUGUAGAAUAAGCACCUACUGAAUUACCAAAGAAAACAGGACAGAGCUUAAAGCAGUAAACUCACAGACAUCUUCAAGAAACAGAUGGAACUUUGAUGUCUAAUAAAACGUUGAUUGGCUUGUUACCCUUUGCAGAUAAUUAUGCAUGGCUUAAAAGUUUAUCU